AUGGCGGCCAACGGAUAUGGGCAGCGGCAGGCCAGCGGCGGCGACUUGCAGUAUCGCGCGACCUCGCAGUCUCCCCCACAGCAGGACAACAAGCCCAACAACCAGGCUGUGCAUCAGCGCACAUAUCAGGCAUGCAUACCAUGUAGACAACGCAAAGUCAGAUGCGACCUGGGCUCCGUCGACAAUCCCCACGAUCCGCCAUGCACUCGCUGCCGUCGCGAGGCCAAGGAGUGCUACUUCUCGGCCACUCGCCGCAAGAAGAAGAAUGACAGCGGCAACAACACUGGCUCUGACGCCGGGGAGGAUGCCGCAUACGAUGCCCGCCAUGCGAGAAAGCGGGUGCGAACAUCAGCGCCGCCAGAGUCCGAGUAUGGCACCGACGCAGUCGACGACCGACCACGCACACCAGGCGGAUCCAUCGCACGUUCUCAGCCUCUGCCUCGACCGCAGCCGCCCAGGCCGGUGCACUACGACGAAGAACAGGUGAAGAAGGCCGAUGAGACAGCUGCGAUGAUCCAGCACGCGCCUCUACACGGCGGGCAUGAUGCUCUGAAUCUGUUAUACCGCGCUGCUGUCCACCCGCGCACCGCAAGCACCACCAGUAGUCACGGCCGUCCUUCGCUGAAUGCGCAGACGAGUGCUGGCCUGCCGUCAGCCUUUAGUCCGAUCAUGAACAAGGUAGGCACUGGGAGCUUGAGCUAUGCCAAUGGCCCCAUGGGCAUGUUUCAAGGAGACUCAUCAAUCUGGAAGGUACAGACCGACGGACCCGACACCAAGAACGGAGUUACUGACAACAUCAACUCCGACGGCCACAAGUCAGCUAUCAGAGCAUGGUCCCGCUUCAAGUUUGUCCGUGCAGGUUGGUUCACCUCAAAGGAAGGUAUUGACUACAUUGUCUACUUCUACAAGCACCUUGGGCCACUCACACCAGUGGUGCUGCCCGACUUUCGCCACGCUUCCACGCAUCAGAGGCUGCUCGAAGAGGAACCAAUGCUUGCCGUCACUAUGUUGCUGAUAGCAUCGCGGCACAUGGAUCUCGAAGGUCCUGGCUCGAACAGCAGGCCUAUGCACAUUCACAACAAGCUUUGGACCUAUCUCUCUGGCAUGAUCGAUCGCGUUGUCUGGGGCCAAGAACAGUUCGGCGGAGGCUUCUGUGGUGCAGGCGCGCAGCCCUCGUGCGAUGUACAUCCCCUCACACGCAAGGGCCUGAGGACUCUUGGGUCAAUCGAGUCUCUCAUACUGCUUACCGAGUGGCAUCCACGAGCUAUGCACUUUCCGCCAGAUGAGGACGACGACGAUCUCAUGAUGCCUGAUCAAUCCUUUCCAACACCCGCUUUCGAGGCCGAAGAUGUACCUAAGGGUAUUGGCGGCCAUCGCAUGGAUGCGUGGCUCGAGCCUUGCUGGCGCAGUGACCGCAUGUGCUGGAUGCUACUCGGAAUGGCCAUGAGUCUUGCCAUGGAGAUUGGCGUCUUUGACUCAACCGAGUCGCACCGCCAUGCUCGAUCAGCAGACGGUGGCCCCCUCUCUGUCGAAGACCUCGCCGCCUAUGACAAGCGCCGCAACAAUGUUCGAGACCUUCUGCUGAUAUAUGUAACUCAGACCAGUGGCAGACUGGGCCUGACAUCCAUGCUACCCACCUACUACAGCAAGCCUGAGGAUAGUGGCCUGUUCAAGAAGCAGGUCGGUCAGCAGGACAGUGUUCAGGACAUCACGCUCCAUUUCUGGCUUCGUAUGGCAGCGCUCAUGAGGGAUGGCAACCAAAAAAUCUUCGCUAACAGGAACUUCACCCGCGAUCUGAUUCGCAAUGGCACGUACAAGACCGCGCUUGACGGACUUCAGAAACCUCUCACAGAAUGGCUUGAAGAGUUUCAAGACUGCAACGCCAUCCCGAAGCACAUGAAGAGCAUCCUGACGAUUGAGUACGAGUACUGUCGCGUCUACCUGAACGCCCUUGGCUUACAAGCGGUUGCUGAGCGAUGCGCGAAUGACCAGCCUUCGCCCCCCACUAUUCUGGACCCGCCGCUGGAGAUGGCACGAACCGCCUUUGCUGCUAACGGCACGAAGCACGAUGCCAUUGCGCCUCAUACACUCUCGAAGUGGCUCGGUGGCGAUCGGCACUACCUGCAGACAGUCGGCGAUGCUGCACGAAACCUGCUCAAGGUCGUCGUGGAAGAUCUCUAUCCUGAUGGCUUCCUCAAGCAUGCACCAGUCCGCACCUACUUCCGCAUCAUCAGCGUGGCCAUCAUGCUGCUCAAAUCUUUUUCUAUGGGAGCAACCGAAAGCGACAUCUCCGAUUCGCUGUCACUGAUGGACCGCACAGUUGAUGCGCUGAGGACGUGCAUCGUGGACGAUGUACAUGUCGCCAGCCGCUUUGCAGACCUCCUCGCUACCCUGACCGAGAAUCUGAAGCCACGUUUGGUGCGCAUCGCUGCAGACGGCCGUUCGGGUAAGAACCGACGAGUCAGUCAGCAUCCCUCGAUGGACGGCAUCCAAGAUACGAGACCAACUUCCGCACCUCAGCAGGGCUUCCUGCACAGGAGCCAGAGUCAGCAAGAGGCACAGACCUCUGCGGGUGCCAUGGCUACUCAACAGCAGUGGAACAACUACAGCAACCAUCAAGACGUGCCACCAUCAACUGUUAUGCACGGCAUUUCAUACGAGCCAUACGAUCUGAAUGGUCAGAACGGUUCAUUCUCUGUUAUGCCGCCGCCCCAUUUCAGCACGAGCUCGCCCAGUAAUGGCAAUGUGCUCACUCCUGGCUACGAUAGUGCCUUCCCUCACGAUUUCAACAACAACCAGGAUUGGUUUGCUUUGCCGCUGGAUCCGAUCAUCGGCAUGCAAGGCGCUGAUGUUAAUCAGACCAUGUAUGGUCCUGAUAUCGGUGGGCACGACAUGCUUGAGCUUCUACUCAACGGGAGUGGCAAUAAUGGCAACGGCUACCAGUAG